CACAUGUUGUAAAAUACCUGUAGCCUACCUGUUCAUUCAUGUAACGGAUAGGGGCGUGUUUUGUACAUUCUGCUUGACAACUAGACUACUCUGGUUUUUUUGCCUCAAGUUAUCCGUCUGUUUGCAGAUACUGUAGGCUAAUCUUGGGCGUUGGUAUGGAAUGCUGAGGCUGCAAUGCAGUCAAGAGGCCCUUUCAUUCGUAAAAGAGAUUUGUUUGGUAUUUUCUGGAGAGAAAAAAUGUGACGUUACGACAGACUUCUCAGUUGCUAUAUCACAAAGAGCUUUGAAAAAAAUCACCUUCAUUUCAGUUUUGAAGAUAUUAGGCCUAUACCCGUUUUUUAUAGGCAAGAAAAUGCAUUCUGCUCAGUUAGAUUCAGUAUGGCUAAAAGAAUGAAACGUUUAACUUACAGGCCUACGGGCAGAUGUAUAUUAGUUCAAAUAAUAUAUAUUUGAAAUCGUAGAUAGCUUUGGACAUGCUUAUCGGGGCACAUCCUAUAGAGUUAUUGCAUUUUAGACCUGGUGAAGCCAGCAGCGUCUAAGACAUUCGCCUAAUCAGAGGCGGAGAACACGUAGCCUAGUGUAGUGAAAGAAGCCUACUUUUCUGGCUGCUUCCAGUCUGAUGGUGAAUUGGCUUUGCGUGUUUUUCUCUAAUUUAGGCAUAUCUGAACAGAGUUGUUUGUUAAUUGGACGCACCGGCGAAGCCCAAAGAACGAGUCUGAUUUCGUCACAGACUGAGUAGGCGGUGAGUGUUGGCAGCGAGUCGUGGUUGUGAAAUGUGGGAAGUCGGGAAUUAGAGGAAUUGGAUCUGCGAUCGAGGUGUUUCACCAUGAUGUGCUGUUAAAACUGCUGUUUUGAAAUAUCGCUGCAGGUCUGCUGCCACCGCUGUAGCGCACAGGGCCGAGUGUGGAGCUUCGCCCGCGCCUGGAGGGAGGCCACUUGAGCAUAAACACGCCUGAAGAAAUGGGCGAAACUCCUGCCGGAGAGGGCAGCACGGUGACGCGGUCGGCCGAGUACGUGGGCUCCUUCCUGGUGGAAGACUGCUGUCUGGACGAGCAGAUCCAGCGCCUGCAUGCGCAGCUGCACUCCCUGGCGACCUGCAAGAGGAGGAGGUCUGUCUCCUUGAAGUUCUCCAUUAAGGGUGUGAAGGUGUACGACGAGGACGAAACUACCCUGCUGAUGGCUCAUGCGCUGCACAGAGUGUCCCUCUCUACAGCUCGCCCGUCAGACGCCCAGUUCGCCUUUGUGUCUCACAACCCCGGCAGCCUGGAUGCACAGCUCUACUGCCACCUGUUCAAGGCCCGACAUGCGCGCGCGGCCCAGUUUCUGAAUCUACUCCUGUGCCGCUGUUUCCAGCUGUCUUACCUAGAGAAGCACCCCGAGGCAGCAGAAGGGCAGGCAGACAGGGGGGGCACCCUGCCCCCCCUGCCCCCGUCCCUCCUAAACCAGGGCUUCCCCCUCAGCGUCAGCGCUCUGGUGUCCUUCCGCAGAGCCCCCACCCAGGGGCUCCUGCCUGGAGAGAAGGUGCCCUCCAGGGCAGCUGAUGACAGGCAGAGCAGCCCAGAGGAAGGCCCCGCCCCCUCCUCUCCCACUUUGGUGCGCAAGAAGGCCAUCCGAAACAAAGUACUGCGCUCAGGGGCCUACCGGUCCUUCACCUACACCCCCCACAAACAGCGCCUCCUGCAGGACCGGCUGAACUCCCAACCAGGAAGGGCGCUGGACAACCCGCCGGUUCCCCUGUCCAAACCGCGCCCACUCAGUUUGGCGGAGACGGAGGAGGCCCUGGCAGAGGUUGUGUGGUCCUGGGCCGGAAUCUCCAGUGACAGCAGCUCAGCCCUGCUGGCAGAGGACGUUCUGGGGUCCUUCCUGUUGUGCUCUCGGACAGAAGCGCCUAGCUGUGGAUCCCUCAUCGUACGCUGCCCUUCUGGCCUUGUCACCUUCCCCAUCCGAAGCACUGCCAAAGGAAAAUACCUGCUGCAGAACUGCCACACACAAUUUGACAGCAUUGCUUCAAUAAUGGAGCACUACACUGAGAGCAGAGGGGAGCUGGAAUGCCUGCUGAGCUGUGCCCGGGUCAACCACUGCUAUGAGUGGGAGGAAAAGGCAGGAAAGUCCCAGGCUUCUGGCCUGCUGAAAGGUUCCAGUAGAUGCAUGUCAAAAAGCAAACCAAGAGAAGAGUGGGUUUAAACCACUUUCUCAUGGCUCACUAUUAGUCCGUUUAUCUUGCCAGUUAACAGAAGGUAAAGCUGAGCGAGCUGUAUUUGUAUAUUUUUGGAUCAUAUAUUUUUGGAUUGUAUAUUUUUAUUAAGACCUACCUACUUAAUUCCCAGCAAUGAGACCUGAGAAAGAAACUCAGAGAUGGGGGUGUGUGUUUGGAGCAGUUGUCUCUGGUGGGGGGAGGGGCAGGGGACUUUUUAAAACAUAGUGUGACUCCUUUACGAUGAACCUUCUGAGGGUUACAUUUGCCGUAGCACUUUAUAAAUGUUUUCAUACUUUUAUUUUUUAAUCAGUUUUUUUAAUGCCAUCCUGAAAAUGUGUUUUCACUUUUUACCAAUUCAUAUUUUUAAAACAUCAAAACAAGAGAGAUUCAUUACCAUCACUUCCACACUCCUUGGUCUGCUGUCUAUUCCUACCCCAAACCCUGGACCACAGUGUCCUGUUCCUGGACAAGGUUGAACCAGGUGUUUUUUUUUUUUUUGGAAGGGGGUUCUGGGUACAGGAAACGGGGGAGAUGAACCCUGUAGAAAUGACUGCUUCAGGUGCAGCAGCAGUUGCCAUAGUGUCUGCAUGCGUUACGCAUACAGCAGGGCCAGAACUGUAUUCAUCAUUUUUAAAUGUUUUAAAUCUUUUUUUAAAGAAACAUCCCUGUGUAUUAAUAUGCAGAUUAACUGUAGUGAUUUGAGGACUUAAUGUAUAACAAAGUGCAUUUAAAUAUUUCUUGUUUUCUUUUUAAUCCAAAUAUAGAAACCUUUUGAGCAGUUACUGCCUAUGCAGAUAAUAAACCCCAGUUAAGUACAGAAAA